AUGCGGAAGGUGUCAGAGAAGCGAAGCAACUACAACUCUGACAUUAAGACGUACGGUCGCGGUCCGGGCGGAUGUGUCGCCGAGAGCAAGUUGAAGGAACUCGCGGACGAGGGCGUGGCUCCCACCACCACCAGAACACCUGCUGAGUGGACCCUGCACUUUCUGCAUGUGCGGUUCGGGUCGAAAUGGCAUUUCUGCAUUGUGAGCUCCCGGCCAUUCGCCAACCGUUCCUUUGAGCUAGUGCUGCUGCGCGGUUUUGGCAGCAAGAAGGCGACCACCGUCAUGGUGAAGAUCCCAUUGGUGGGAUAUGCCUGCAACGUGGUGGAAUGGCCCUUGGCAAAUGCCAGGGGCCGUGCCAAUCCCUCCCUUGACACGUCUGAGACGGUCAACCAGCAGAACGUGGAGCUGAAGAUCUCCCACGUGGUGACCUGGAUUAAAGAGACCUAUGAGAACGGGAUCCCGUGGCUCCUGCUGGCUUCCGGAUGUCCCCGAACGUCAAGAUUCUGA